AUGGAACAGAACAGCCGGGCCACCCAGUUGGCCGAGUUGAUUGAGCAACAACCACGAGCACGUUUCAAGGGAGGACAGCAUUUGUGCGCUUCUUUGCAAUUCGAUCACUUGCUCACUGGCAAUCGGCUGCUCCAGCCGGAGGAGGUUGUGCAGGCUCCGGAAGUGUACCUGACUUGGGAAUUUGGGACCCGGCUGAGCAAGCUCUCUGUCAGCAAGUUCAAGAACAAACCUGAUUGGGAGCCGGAGGAAGGAGUGGACGACCCUGACACCAAUGCGGAGACCAUCCGAUUGGACCUGGACCAGCUGGCCAAUGACUCAAGGAUCGAGGAUGAUGAGCUCCCGGCGGAUGUCGGCCACAUUGAUCGAGGUGCUUGGCAACACUAUCAAGCUCCCCUGUCCAGCCCGAAGGCCCCGAUCAAUGGCGCCGCGGCGCGACACCAGAGGUUGAUCGGACAGCAGUCUGGACGAACCUUGGCGGAGUGGGCUUUGGGAGGGGAGGCCAAGCGCCACUUUGACUAUGUGCACAACACCGUCGUCCAGAAAGUUGACUUGAACAGGCCAGGAUUUGCGCAUGCGCCAACCCUUCUGCCAUUAGUAGCCCGCGGAGGUGCAAAGGGGGACGAUUUUGGACACUGUUCGAAAAGAUCCAACGUGUCGGAGCUCGGCGAGCUCGGCGUGCUCUUUCAGGCUGCAUCCCGGCAAGUUGAGGGUGGAGUGGAUGAAUGGCUACAAAAGUGGUGCACUGAAGAGGUCUUAUCUGCAUUCUUGCAGGCAUCUUCCAAGGACUCAGCAGUGGCUUCCCUUUCAACCGCCCUGUGCUGGCGGAAGAAGCACCGAUCCGUCCUCACAGGGGCGAGGGUGCCUUCCUGGCAGGGCGACAUGAGAGUGGUUGCACGUGGCGAGUCAGGUCAUCCUGUGACUCAUAGCUGCAGAUCAGUCUUUUUGCACUCCCAGUUUUUCUGCAUGUCCAACCGUUGGAAGGUGGGCGACGGAUGCCACAAUUCCCCUGAAGAGGGUUACACAACAUGGAUUUGGGUGACCUUCGGUUUUGCAAGAGCGGAGAUGAGGCAGAUCUAUCAUGCUAAGGCUUGGUCCAGAUGA